GUAAAUAUUGUGGGACCGUCAUAAAAAUGGGAGUCUCCGGCGGUUAUGGCGGUCCGGAAAAACACCUAAGGUCGAGGCAUCCCGUGGAGUUUGCCAAAUACGAGGCAAAAAAAGAAGGGACGACAAGAAGUGCAAACCCAAAUUUCUCGGUUUGCUAACAGAGGUAAGGGCGGCCUUUUUGCUUAUAGCGACGAGCAAAAUAAGCAAAAAAUGGCCGAAAUGAUUUGUGAAGAAAAUUUGCCAUACAUGUUUUCUGAAAAACUUGGUUUUAUUGAUUAUUGUCAACAGGCAUUAAACCCUCGAGCACGAGGGUUAUACGGCACUGUACAAGAAGAAACAGCACCACCUCCGCCCCCGAAAUCAAAAAAAGGUUUUGCCGGAAUAGUCGGUGGGCUUCUUGCAAAGAAAGGGAAGCGUGCUCAUUCUUCGACGAGUUCAAGUGGUACAACAGUAAGCUCGCACAACGAACUUGCUAUGUACCAGGGUGUGCCAUGCGAUUACGAUGAGGACGAAGUGGAUUUUGACGUGCUCGGAUGGUGGAAGCGGAACGAACACAUGUUCCCAUGUCUCGGCAUGCUAGCAAGACAAGUGUUAUCCGUUCCGGUAUCAACCGUAGCAGUUGAACGAGAAUUCAGUGCUGGCGGCAACAUUCUAACCGACUUUCAAAGUUGUCUUAGCGCUGAAUCUCUUGAAACACUUGUUUGCAACCAAGAUUGGCUCUUGGCAAGACGUCGAGCUCAAGAGUCAACGUACCAACUCGAAUUGGAGCAUUACAUGAAUGCAACAACAGAUGGAAGUCCGAGUUCUGAAGAAUAAGUUAUAAUUUUUUUUGUUAAUGUAAAUAUGUAAUUAGUUUUUUUAGGUGAGCGAUAUAUAAGCUCCUUCGAGGGUUUCUUUACGGUUCUUUACCUCGUCGCUUUUUUUGAACCGUCAGGAUAUUAAAUGUGGUUGUUCUUC